AUGGAAAAAGGUACCGAAAUUUUAAACGGACACUUUUAUUUUAAACCUCUUCAACAAGGAGUAGAUAGAACUAAAGCUAUUUGUAAACACUGCAAAGCGGAAUUUUCUUAUCAUCGGAGUACUUCAAGUUUGAAGCCAACUAGUAUUGUGGAAGAUGUCGGUUUGAAGAAUGUUAUUCGGAUCGCAACGAAUGACUGCACGUAUGAGCCUCCGCCAAGACGCACCAUUGUAAGAAAAAUACAUGAACUGUAUGAAAACGAGAGGACUAUAAAGGCAACGGCAUUACAACGUGCACAAACUGUUGCCCUCACCGGAGACUACUGGACAUCGCUGGGUAACCAUAAUUAUCUCGGAGUAACUGUGCAUUACAUUGAUGAACAAUGGAAACUGCAUUCACAUGCUUUGACAGUAAUGAAGACACAAGAAAAACAUUUUGCUGAAACGUGCGCAGAACAUUUCAUUCAUGUUGCACAGCAGUGGGACAUUUUAAAUAAAGUCAGCACACUUAGCACAGAUUGUGCUAGAAAUAUUGUCGCUGCUGCAAGACAUCUGCCUUUUGAACGCGUCCCUUGUGUCGCUCACAGUCUUCAGCGUUCUGUCACAGUAUCUUUGCACAACAGCGCGUUUGACAAUGCCCUGGCUAAAUGCAGAAAGGUGGUGGGCCAUUUUAAACACAGUCCAGCAAGUGCUUCAGAAUUAGAAAAAAAACAAAUUGAGCUUGGACAAAAGAAGGAGUCGCUUAUACAAGACAUUCCAACCAGAUGGAACUCGACUCUGGACAUGAUAAAAAGUGUUCGCAGAAACGAACAGCCACUGAGCGAUGUCCUCACCACACACAACACAAAAGUUGCUAUGCCAACUCCAGCUGAAAUGGACAAAUUGCAGAGGUUGGAAAAGCUCCUAGAACCCUGCAGAUAUAUUUUACAUCAUAUAUUUCUUACUGACUGGUUUGAUUGCAUGUAUGUGACUGAACUUCUGGGUGGAGAAAAGUACGUUUCAUGCUCUGUGGUUCUGCCUGCUUUAUGCCAUCUCUCUCGGGUGAUGGAGAGCUCAGAUGAUGACCCAGCCUAUGUAGUCAAAUUCAAAUCUAUGUUCAGAAUAGAUCUGGAAACACGCAAGGAAAAUGCCAACAUUGCAUAUCUAAAGAUUGCAACCGCAUUGGACCCGAGAUUCAAAGACCUCAAGUGUAUACCCAGAGUUAAGAGAGGUGAGGUGUGGGUCUCAAUCACUAAAUUACUCAAGGAACAGAGGGUUAUUGCAGAUGAACCUGUGGAAGCAGCAACAUCAAAGCCAUCAAAGAGAAAAUUUGCUCUAUUGGUUGCUUCAUCAGAGUCUGAUUCUGAACAAGAGGAAGACUCAUUUGAAAACGGUGUGCGUCGGUACAAAGCAGAGCCCACCAUCAGUACAGAGGCCUGUCCAUUACAGUGGUGGUCCAAACAUGCAGGCUCACACAACAGGCUGGCCUCAAUUGCACAGAAGUACUUGGCAACACCUGCAACAUCUGUUCCUUGUGAAAGAUUGUUUUCUCUUGCUGGUCAUAUUGUACAAAAGAAGAGAGUUUCUUUAUCAUCUGAAAAUGUGAAUUACCUUGUUUGUCUUAGUAACUGGCUUGGUGCAGAUGAGUAA